AAGACAGAAUAGUCAACAUAACCUCAAACUUAAAUUCAUUGAAUUUCUUACACGUAAAAAUCGCGUGUAAUAAAUGUAGAAAAUGUAAAAAAUAGCAAAGCCAAUGGAUCCGGAUGUGCAGGAAAGACCCCGAAUUUCAGAGCGAUUUGUGAGUAUCAUUGUAACUGUGCUGAAUGGCGAAAAAUGGGUGGAUUCGUGUAUGGAAUCAAUUCUGCAGCAGGAAGAUGACACUGUGCGGGAGAUUUCAAUUUUUGACGAUUCCAGCACGGAUAAUACAGUCCAGAAGCUUCUGGAAUGGACAUCUAGAUUUAUGGAAAAAUCAAUAAAGCUUCUCAUAACAAAAAAUACAUCCGGAUGCCCCAGAGGUGUGGGAUUCGGAAGGAAUCGAGCCAUUGAAGCAUCUUCUGGGGAAUUUCUCUGCUUCCUGGACAUUGAUGAUGAGAUGCUCCCCUGUAGAUGUUCUAAGCAGUUGGAAAUGGCUAGGAAGCACCCACGUGCUAUCAUUGGAGGAAGAUUCCUGCGAGAUCCUGAGGGAUCCACAGAGAGAUUCACAAGAUGGGCAAAUGAACUGCCUCAGGAGAAGCUUAGGGUACAAAUUUAUACAUCCCACGGGCCAACAGUGGUAAUGCCAACGUGGUUCUUUCACAGAGAUGUCUUCCUGGCUGUUGGAGGAUUUUCAGAAGCAGGUAAAGGUACACCUGAAGAUUCAAUUUUUUUCCUGAAGCACCUGGAUUUGGGAGGGGAAGUCUUCAGACUGGACGACACUGUUCUACGCUACAGAUACCACGAAGGAGCCACAACAUUCUCCAUCAAUUGGGAGACAAUCUGGAAUCUCAGGAUGAAGCAUUUAAUAGAGAAUGUUCUGUGUAAACCUCCCUGGAAUGCAGGAUUCACAAUUUGGAAUGCCGGGAAGCAGGGCAGGCGCUUCUAUCGAGAUCUCCCAGAAAACUUCCGGAAGCUGAUCAGGUGCUUCUGUGACGUAGAUCUGAGGAAAAUUGGUCAUCCCUAUCAACCCUAUGAUCCCGUGACGAGGACCAGUGGCCAGGAAAUCCCUGUAAUUGAUUUCCGGCAAGCUCAACCGCCUAUAGUUGUGUGCAUGAAAAUGGAUCUCACUGAUGGUGCUUUUGAGGAGAACAUCAACAGUUUGAAUCUCACGGAAGGAACUGAUUACAUUUUAUUUUCCUGAUUGUACAAAAAAAAAACAAUUUUAUAUUAAAAAAAAAGAAAUGAAUAAAAAAUUAUCAAAAAAGGUUUAAUUU